AUGCUAGAUGAAUACAUUGCAAUGUUGAAAACUAACACUUGGGAUCUAGUGCCAAGACCUCCUGGUGCUCAUGUUAUUCGCUCCAUGUGGCUUUUUCGACACAAGUUUCAUGCAGAUGGAUCAUUACAAUGUCACAAAGCCCGUCUUGUCGCCAACGGACAGGACACUGCCUACUUAUUAUUGUAUGUUGAUGAUAUCAUACUCACUGCCUCCACUGAUGUUCUUCUCACCCGUUUUAUUGACAUGAUGAAACGAGAGUUCUGUAUGACUGAUCUUGGCUCAUUACAUCAUUUUUUGGGCAUUACUGCUACUCGGUCAUCUUCCGGGCUGUUUUUAUCUCAGUCACUCUAUACGAAGGACAUCAUUUCUCGUGCUUCCAUGACUUCCUGCAACCCAGUAGCCACUCCGGUCGACACCAACUCCAAGCUUAGCGCUACCUCUGGACCAUCUCUUAAGGAUCCUACCUUAUACCGAAGUUUGGCCGGGGCAUUACAGUAUCUUACUUUUACUCGACCGGAUAUAUCUUACGCGGUUCAACAGGUAUGUUUAUUCAUGCACGACCCUAGAGAACCUCACAUGCAGGCGCUUCGGCGUAUACUUCGGUACCUCCAGGGCACUAUCAAUCAUGGGUUGUUUUUAUCUGUAUCCACCAUUUCUGGCAUCCAUGCAUACUCCGAUGCUGAUUGGGCGGGCUAUCCUGAUUCACGGCGAUCAACCUCUGGUUUCUGCAUCUUUCUGGGUGACAACCUUGUUUCUUGGUCUUCUAAACGUCAGGCAACUGUCUCUCGCUCUAGUGCUGAAGCUGAAUAUCGGGGCGUGGCCAAUGCUGUGGCCGAGACAACUUGGCUCCGGAAUUUACUUCUUGAGCUACAUAUACCACUACGACGUGCUACUAUCGUGUAUUGUGACAAUGUGAGUGUUGUCUACAUGUCUGGUGAUCAUGUUCAACAUCAACGCACAAAACAUGUGGAAAUUGACAUUCAUUUUGUUCGUGAAAGCGUACGUAUUGGAGACAUUCGAGUGUUGCACAUUCCAUCUGAAAAUCAGUAUGUUGAUAUUUUUACAAAGGGUCUUCCUAGACAAUUAUUUAUUCGUUUUCGUACUAGUCUAAGCGUGAAUGGAGACGGAAGGGGAGAGGAGAUGCAGCGGAAAGAGGAAGCCGAUAACGGCGAUGAGGUGGGGUAUAUGGUUGAUGGGAAACAUGAGAUGCAGGUGGUUAAGUAUUAG